AUGCUGAAGGAUAUAAAAUCUGACAACGUUUUACUUGGAAAGUCAGGCAAGGUGAAGCUCACCGACUUUGGGUUCUGUGCUCAAUUAGGUAGUCGACAAAGCAAGCGUCAAACAAUGGUAGGCACACCGUAUUGGAUGGCUCCAGAGGUUGUUAACAAAACUACGGCAUACGGUCCGAAGAUCGAUAUUUGGUCUUUGGGAAUCAUGCUCAUCGAGAUGUUGGACGGUGAACCACCCUAUAUGAACGAAGCUCCAUUGAAGGUAAGUCGUGACCCCCUCUUGUAG